GAGGUGUUCACGUCUCACCGACGCGCGUCGCUCGCAAUACAAAGGACUCUGUAUUGUAAAAAAUCUGUGAUGUAUUGAUUAAUUCCAACGUUUUAACACCCGUUUCACACACAAACUGUACCUUUAAGUGAUAAUUUCAACUGUGAGAGUGAACAAAACGGAUUUAUCGACGCAUUUCUACGGCCACGUCCCAUGGAAUUCCACAUUUAUCGAUGAAUAAAAUCUAGUGUGUGCACAGAGAAACAUGGUGGACGGCCCUCGGUGUUGAACACGAAUAGUGUUUUCUGAGUGAAUUGUUGUUGUUAAACAAUGAAUGUUUGUAGAAAAUGAGUUAGUACAGUUAAUAUGGAUUGGUGUAUGUGUAUUGGCGGGGUGUGCGGUCUAUAAAGCUGGUUUCAGUCGAUAGGAGGCGUCUUCGAUCGGAUAUGAGAGCAUAAAGAAGCCAGAAUGGUGUCUCUCGCUUAUUUCGGCCUCAGGCAAACGCCCUGGACUCUCCUCGUCCUAAUAUUCUUCAUCGAAAGCGUCAUGGGUAACUAUGCGAAAUCCUUCUACAUACACUGGAAUACGACCAAUAGCAUAUUUAGAAUAGAUAAUACAGACCACGUAUUCGAUUUGAAUAAAGGGAAUGCACAGUUCGAGUACGACCAGGUCAAUAUUAUAUGUCCAGUUUACGCUCCCGGGACGUUCGAAGAGGACACCGAGAAAUAUAUAAUAUACAAUGUGAGUAAAGAAGAGUACGAUACGUGUAGAAUAACGAAUCCGAACCCGCGGAUAAUAGCUAUAUGCGAUAAACCGCAUAAGCUGAUGUUCUUUACAAUAACCUUCCGGCCGUUCACACCUCAGCCGGGCGGGCUGGAAUUCCUGCCGGGGAAGGACUACUACUUUAUAUCGACGUCGAGCAAGGACGACUUGCACCGACGCAUCGGCGGGCGAUGUCUGAGCCACAACAUGAAGCUGGUGUUCCGCGUGUGCUGCAAGCCGGAGGAGCAGUCGCCGGCGCCGCCGCCGCAGCCGACGCUGCCGCCGCCACCGCCGCCCCCGACCACCUCCACCACCACCACCACCACGACGACCAUCAAGCCAGUGACGAAGAAGACGCACAAGUACGACAAGACGCCCAACGAGGUGGUGAAGAGCGAGGAGCUGUCGUAUUCGCGCGGCGCGGCGCUGGCGUCGUCGCUUGCGCUGGCGCUGGCGGCGAGCGCGGUGCUAGCGCCGCUGGCUCGGUGAAUGUGCGCGAGAGCGGGCCGGCCCACCCGCGCGGACCUCGCCAAGCCGUGCCCAGCUCACACUCAGACCCUACACUCCAUGCAUUCGCUCCACUUACGCCCAGAUACUCUAGUCUACUCGUGAAGUGAGUGCAGUGGCCUGACCAGGCAAGUGUAGUGCCCCAAUGGAUAAUGGCGGAACAUUUGGAUUGAGAACUGUGUAAGUAAUAAAAUAAGUCUGGUCCGAAGAUUGGUGCCGAAACGUUUAGUCCGAGAGUUGUGCGAAAAUUUUGUUCCACAAUAAAGUUCCACUACAAAAUUUUCUAGUUUUAAGGGGCAAGCCUAAUUUUUACUUUAUUGUAAUUAAAUAUAACGGGCCUACUGAAUAAUCGAACUAUAAUAACAUGUUCAUAUUAGUUAUGGACGCAGUUAAGUAUAUAUAUAAAGAAUGUUAACGUGUAUAAUGGUAAAAUAGGUUUCUUAAACCAAUAGGAAUUAAACAAUUUUUUAUAUUUUCAUUAAUGCAAUGAAGGAUAUUUGAUUAAGACUUAGGAUUCACGAGGAAUCGAGAUAUUAUUAGGGAAACUAUGAUAGACAGAUUAGGUAGCGUUUUUUAGUUGAAAAGACAUUUUAUUUUCUUCCUCACGACUUAAGUAUGUAUCGGUUAAUGCUUAUUUAUGAAAAAAAGCGGCAAGUUUAAGAACCUUGUCCAAAGCACUGUGAUUUUGGUUUAUUUAGGGAGUAAUUAUGUAUUCUUUUUAUGCUUUUUAAUAUGUGAUAUAAACGUGUUGACAGAGCAUUUUUAAUUCAUCGACUGAUUUCGCAAUUCAGCUUUUUCUUAACCUUUUUAAAUAUACGAAAUACUUUUUAUCUGCAUUUUAUCUCCGAUAGUAUUUUUCGGGCAAAACUUUUAGGUUAGCUUAUAAAAACAGCAUUUUUUUCAUAUUUUUCAUGAGCCUACAUCGAACAACUUUUUUUAUAUAUUUAACUCUAUGAGAAGUAUUAUUUCGAGAUAAGUUACAGCAUAAGCACAUUCGUGCCAUGAUCGUGUGAAAUCGUAAUGAUGGGUGAUUUUGCAACUUUGACCAAGUUUAAAAUAACAUUCAGGUCUUUAAAUGAAACGAUUUUCAUCAUCAUCGCCAACAAACAACUUUUGAACGUGAAAAAAAAGAAAGAUGGUGACGAUAAAGAGAUCGGUUUUAUUAGGCCCAAAUGUGAAUGGUCAAGUUUAGAACACCCUAUAGAUACAAUUAAUGAAAUAGUCAAAUAGUUAGUAGAAAGAAACACCGGUUUUCAGUUAGCCAUACGCAUUUAGUGACAGUCGAUAUUUUUAGGUAGUUUUUAAGAUUGGACGUUUUGGUUUCAAACUUUGUUAGGGAACAGGAUAUUAAGACGCAAACAAUACAAAUUUAAGACCUUAAGAAACUACUAGCAUGGUAUAUCUUCCGAGAACACAAUUAUGCUUUAUAGCACUUGAGCAACAAGAUACAGAAACUUAAUAGGUAAUCGACAUAGAGUCAUAAGCAACAUGUACUCACUUUAGAACCCUAUCGCGUUAACAUAUUUGAUACUUAGUAAGACUUAAGAGUUCAAUUUAUCAAAAAAGUUAAUGUGACAUGGUAUUAAAGUAUCUACACAGCUACUGGAGGUUUUAUCGCUUACAAUAGUUUUCCAGAUAACCAUAGACAUAAUAAUGUUCAAAUGAUGAUUCUAAAGUUAUACUGUUUAUCGAAGGAAGCUAUGGGGCAGCCCACCCUGUUGGGGAUUAAGGACGUGAUCAAGUAUGAAGGUAUGGAAAAGACACAAACAAUCCACCACGCUCCAAUGCACCAGAAUAUAACAGUAACAAUAUGCAGAUACAAAACAAAGACAUUCAUAAUGCAUAUCUUAAUCUAAAAGUGGUUUUACCAUAUUGAGUUGUAAAGUCCAAGUAUUGACCCCUUGACAAUGGAGGACACGACCCGACAUUAAAACUCAUCUCCUUAGCUGUACCGUUAGUUUGGGACCCGUACCAGGGUUAUAAUGUUGGAGAUAUUAACGCUAGAGUGUAUAGGAAUUUGCUAGACACGCAUGCUUCACCUUCGGCCCCAUUGUCACAGUAUGGUAAUUUCUACCUGUUCAAGGAGGUAAUAAAUAGUUAUAUAAAAGAUGAAAAUUCCAUUAUUGUUUAAAGCAAGAAUGGCAAUAGGACAAAAUAUCUUGUUAAAAAGAGUAUUUUGUUCUUACAAAGCUCUUUGCUUAUUUAAUUCAUUUUGAGAUAGAUGUGUGCCUGACUAUUGGAAAUAUAAUUAUAUAAUUUGGUUCUCUAUAUUCCCAAGCUGCAAGCCCUGUUCACAAAGAUCAGAAAUAAGGACAAUUUUGAAAUAUUGUCGAGUGUACUUACACGACCCUACGUACUUACCUACACAAAGAACUGAUUUGAUAAAGUAAAUGCAAAUACAAAGCCCCUUGAGUCACUACAUGAAAAAUCAACACAAAUGACACGUACGUAGAAAAAAAUAACCGCAAGAACACGUUUUAUUGCUAAGAAAUAAAGUGGAGUCAUAAAAUAUGUUUUCGUUAUUGCAAAAUUAAAGAUAAAGUCAAGAUAGAAACAGACAUUGUCGAGUCGAUAUUUAGCAAUUUUGUUUAGCGCAGUGCUUCUUAUUUGACCGUCGUAAACAAGAUUUCUUUUAAUGUGGGAAUUUAAAAAAGGAACAAGUUUUUAACUAGAAUAUUAACUAUUGUCCAGGGAGUCCAACAAGGGAUCGUAGCUGUAAUUCAAACGUAGAUUUCAAAUACGUAGAAUACAAUCACGAAACGAAAUCUCUAAAUUACACACGAUCAAUCGUAGGAUUACCAACAAGACAGAUAGACAUACAUGUCGAAGGAAUGACAAUAUCAGACGGAUUAUAUUAAACUAGAUAAAGCAUUUGAGGCAGAUGUAAAACCGCAACGUACGGGGAGGAUGAAGGAUAUAAAUGUUCAAUGGCAUGGUUUGUGAGGUCGAUGACCGGCACGACCAAUUUUGGUGUCACGAUUAUUAUUGAGCCGCAAAUACCACUAACAUGCUCAUAUUAUUAUAAUGGCUACCGUAUUAUUUACUUAAGGUAACGAAGCUGCGAUCAACAGACGUACCUUUCGAAGCUUGGACGAUGAUUCAGUUUGCAAUGUCCUAAGCAAACAAAUGAGUCAUCAUAACGAGAUGUUGAUAAUGUUCCCACCGGGAAACGAACACGGACCUCCAGAUUGACACCAAGAGAGAAAGGUAAAUGAAUUGCAAUAUAACAAGAAAGCUGCUAAUGAUAACGAAAUAUUUGAAAAGUACUUAACAUUCACUAGAACUUUCAUUUCUAAAUCCUCCCAUGUAGUGUCUAAUAUCAUGAUGAAUCAUAAUUCCGAUAUCAAACAGAACAAUUUUGACCAGAUCGAUGUCUAUUAUCAUCAAGUAUACAGCCGUGAUUCACAAAAAUACAAAAGCAAAGGACAAUAAACCUUAAAGGGUUUAUGAAUUAAUGAUUUUAUAGCAUGUAAUGUAUUGCUACCGUUUCAAUGUUAGAUGCAUUAACAUUAAUUAUAAAGUCAAUGACAGUAUCUAUGUCAAUUUAUUUUGCAUUUAUGUCAGCAAUUGGAGUGAGAUCAUUGAGUGUGCGUCCUUUUCAUUGCUCAUCGUUGCGGGAAUGCAGAUUUAUAUCGUGCAAAUAAUAACCAUUGUUUCCUUAUGACUUCUUCUGCAUCGAAUAAACUGCAUCUAUAUGGAAAAAAUAAGCAAAUCAAAUUCCAAAGUUGGUGCAUAGGAACGCAACUGUGGCGCCACUAAGGGGUCCUACUGGUCCUAGUGAUAAAUAACAUUUCUAACAAGUGAAAAAAAAUAACAGUGAAAGGAUUUGCUAAUUUGCUUAUCCACUCUGAAUUCAAUACUCCAUCUCAAUAGGACACCAUAUUGACGCCACCACCAUUGAGCAAACUCAUCUGGUUUCGCAACCAUGGUUUCCUAGGGAGAUAGCGCUCUUACUGCUUAACUAGUCUAUCUCCACGACCUGUCAUGUAGCGAAUAAACAUUUGCACAUGUAUCGAUAUGUACACUAGUUGAGACAAAGAUGAUAAAAACCCAUUAGGGUGUACAUUAGUACACCAUAUCCGACGACUUUAACGCCACAGUUGAUGAGGUCAACCAUCCACCUUACAGCACUCGACAGAAUAAGGAGAAACGUGAAGUCAUUUCAGGACAGACGCAUUUUGCCUUCACAAAAGAUGGAAUAUCAAAAUACCCAAGCAGCAAAUAUAAAUAAUACAAGAAAUCUGAACACGGAGAAGUUAAAAAUAAAACAUUUUAGACACGGGUCAUUGACCCUAUUAUGGUCAGACUCAGAGUAAUUAGCCCCAAUUAUGACGUUACCAUUCAUAGUGAUUUAUAUCGGCGUAUUCAUUAACAACACAGAUUUUGGUAUGCAAAGAAUUAAAAAUAACUUCGUUGUAAAAUGAACCGUUGCGUUUGCUUUUGAGUCAUUUGAGAUAGACAAUUUUGGGGGUAAUUUACCGGUGUGAGCAGAGUAAUAAGUCAAGGGAAGUCAGCUUGGAUUUAUAAGAUUCCAAUAUCAUCUGGUUUUGGAAGAUGCAUUGAACAUAAUGACGUAACGUUGCCUUAAAAAAACACAUAAGCGCCAUUUAAAAAAAAAAACAUAUUCUGAUGUGUUUUUUGUUACAAAAACAUUGCAAUAAACACACUAGGUUGAAUUCAAGUAAAUUGUAGUCUCUCUUUAUACCAAAUUAAUGCGCAUUCAUAGUUUUGACAUAGACAGAUUACUCAUCAAUCUAUCAAACUUGUAAGAAAAUAUGGAUAGUAAUAAUCUGGUCCUUAACGAAGAUGCAAAUGAUUUAUUCGCAGAUCCUAAAAAUUAAAAAAAGUGUUGAUGAAACAAACAUAAACGUUACAACAGCUAACAUUGAAACUACACAACAUAACAACACUGAAAAUAACAACAUAAAACACGACAACUGACAAACAAACCAUCACUAAUUCAUUGUUUCCAAAACAAAUUUUAAAAGCAUAGUAAGUCUUCAACGUUGCCUAUGGUGGUGUGACCUUUCGUGAUGGAGCUAAAUUUAGAAACGAUGCAACUAAAUUGUCUAAGAUUUAUAAAAGAAAUUCUUAAAAGGAAUUUAAAAAGGGUAUUUAGCACUUCUAAAUUUAAAGGGCCAUGAAUCGUCUCGUCAGGGUGUUUAAAACGGCCACAUUAAAACAAUUAAUGUAAAAUAGUUAUAAAACAAUAUUGUUUCUUUAGAUGAAUUGCUUCAACCUCUUCCCUCUUUAAAUAUCUUCACUUAUUCUGAACACACACAGUUCAUUUGACCAACAUAGACAGCGAUACGGCUCACUUAUCACAUUGGUCUAACAGACAGCUCGGCGAGGCGCGGUUACUUAGUUCAUCAUGAAUAAAUGCACCUCUGUCUACCAUUAUUGGAAAUAUAGUCAUGAAUGUGUUGUGUGUCUUAUUUGCAAACACUUUCUUAUAACUCGAACCUUUAGUAAGUUUAAAUUACAUCUUGCUUUUUGUUUUCUAAUCUUCUUCUUCUUCGUUUACAUUCUUGUUUUUCAUUGGUUGACCGCCAUAAUUCCUAACAUGUGUACCUAAUGAUCUCAGUUACCUUACAGAGCAGAGUGCGUCUAUUUUUAUUUAACUAAACAGUUUAUGCCUAAGACUCUUUUUACAUUGACGAACGGACGCGAAAGCGGAGAAGCAAACACUUUUUUGGAAACAAAAUUACAAUUUGACAUUUAUGAUUAUUAACCCAUAAGCAUUAUUCAAGGGAAACAGAUUCACAACACCUUCGUUUCUUUCACUCUUAUCAAAGUCUUUAUGAGUGCCCGCCGGUUUAGAGUACUCUUGACCAGGUGCCUGUUUCAUAAAACUUACAAUUGGAAUUUACAACGACAAUUUAGUGUUCAUUACGUAGCUAAUAUGAAACUGCAAAAUAUUUGUGAUCACUAACUCCACAAUUUACAUCAAAUUGUCAUUGUAAUUUACAAUUGUAAGUUUUAUUAAACAGACCCCUGGCCUUUCUUUAAAAGAUCCUGGAGCUGAUCGCGGUUUGUACGCCUAGGCCUACCUCUGCCAACUCUACCACUUCCAUCCGCAUAAAUCAAAAUAUAUUAUGACAACUAGAGGUAAAACAGUUUGAUACCCGCUUCCGCUGCCGCUGUUAAUAAGUGCGAGGUUUAAUCGUUUCUGGGUACACUGGUCGUUCAAAAUUGUCUUUUAGUUAUUUCUGGACCGACUGCCAGGGAUAAUAGUCGGUGUAAGUUAAACUUACACUUCGCUCCUUAAGUUUGGUAUGGUUAUUAGGAUGGCUUGGGCUACAACUACAUACAUACUUGGGAGAAAUUCAUUUAUGUUCAUUUAUGAAAUCAAUUACAUUGCAUCAAACUUCUUGCGUGAAAAAAACUAUUUUUUUACUUCCAUUAAAUCGUAAAUCUAAAAUGGUUUGAAUGAUGCCAGUAAACCACAGAGGAACCUUAAAUCAUUAGAGAACCAAUGAAAUGGCUAAAAUAGAAUCUUGACUGUCAACAACAGUCUACAUUGAAUUUAAUAAACAAACUCCUUAAUAAAACUGACGAGAGAACUAAAGCUGAAUCUUGACUAUCAGUAAGAGAUUUCCUGACGAUUUUACUUUGAAAAUAAAAUACUUCUUAAGCAGAACCUAUGAGAGGGCUAAAAUACAAAUAAAAAAAUCUUGAAUUUAAAUGAAAGUAUUUCUGAUGAUUGAAACUUCUUAAUUAUUUAAAUAAAAGGGGGGUUAAAAAGGCCACAUAUAAGCAAUUCAUCUAAAAAAGCAAAAUUGCAAAUUGACAUUUACGCUUAUAAAAGUGUGCAAUUCAAAGAAAUGUCAAAUAGCAAUAUUGUUUUUAGAUGAAUUGCUUCUAUGUGGCCUUUUUAACCACCCUGAUAAGAUAGUUAAAAUUGAAUCUUAAAUAUGAAUGAGAAUUUUCUGAUGAUGCACAAGCACGACCAAUUAGGGUAGCUUAAGAUACAUUUGGUAGAUCAACCCAAAUGUAGCUAUUUCAAUAACCGUAUACCUCACAAGAUAUUCAAAAACUCAAACGCGAUAAAUCAAACUAUCCCAAUUAAUCUUCUCAGAAAAUUGGCUAUCCGAAAAUUGUUUUAUAUCUCAAAAAUAUUGUCACCAAUUUAUCAAACUUCAAGAUAAUUUUCUAGAUAAACUGGCGUUAUACAUUUUGAGAUCAAAGAAUUUUUCGAAAGAUAAAUGGAACAAAUAUUUGACGCGUUCAAAAAUUAUGAAAACGUCGUUUCAGUUUAUAUUUAAAUUCUACGUCUCUGGAGUCAUUAAUUUAUGGGUUUUAUUGGUGGUAUAAAUAACACACUUACAUCUGUUCUGAGCAAGAGUGGAAUUAUUAAUGAUAUUAAAAACAGACGGAAAAGACAGAGAUUGUAGCCUUGUUUCGCUAAUUGAUUUAAAAAUAUAAACAAAUUCCUUAAAGCGCGAGUUCCUAACUUUUUGGUUGUAUGGAAGAGAUUGUUUUAAGCAAUAAGAUCGCCCAUUGCCUUGUAGAUUCACUUUUUGAUCCCUGGUUUGUUUAGGAUAUUACAGGCUGAUGAAGUAAGAUGAUCCGUGCUUUGGAAGGCACGCUAAGCCGUUGGUCCCGGUGACUAUUUACUGAUGUAAGCAUGUAGUCGUUACAUGAGCCAUGUCAGGGGCCUAUGGCGGCUCAAUAAUAACCCUAGGGUUGAUGAAGUUGGUCAUCCCCCUCAGAAUCCACACGUUAGAAGAAAAAGCCUUGUAGAUUAUUGUACUUUUGUGUUUGAUUAUUUUAUUUUAAAGGUGCAAUAAUGGAGGGACAUGUGUAAACGUCACUAGUUAAUACAUUUAUAACUCCUUCCUGCUUCGGAGGAUACGUAAAGAUCUCCGGACACCAUACAAAACAUUCUUACCGUGUGCAAGCGAGACGCAGUCCUUACACUUUCCUACUUACUCCUUAGCAGGUUAUGGCCAUGUAAGUUCCGGCCAAGUAGUUAAUGCCAUCUGCGGCAAAUCUACAAUAAGUCACGUCAAAAAAAAAGGCCAUGUAAUAUUAGAGUAAGACCCAGAGGACCAAGGCGUACCCGAUACAAAUUGAUGUGGGGCGGAGUGUUACCAUUCUUUAAGUAAUAUUAUCAAGUAACUAUAAUUAAUCUGUGGUAUUAUUCUUUAUACUAUGACGUAAGCACGAUUGUUUCUAAGACAUACACCUUUCAGAGCUUGUAUAUACAAACUUACAUACACACACAUACAUAAACUCACGACCAUUUCUCACAGGGGUAAGCAGAGUCUUACUAAUAAUAUUUGCCAAAAGAAGUCGCAGAUUCGUUAUCAUAUACAUCAACCAAUCACAUAACGUUGAUAACGUGCAGGUCUGCGAUUGGUCGUUUGUUAUCAACAUUAUGAAAUGUAGGGUUAUGCUAAAUGCAGUAGGUAGAUAAUGGUAAUUAUAUUAAACCCCUCAUCCAUCCGUCUUUAUCUAAUCCUUAUUAUUUUGCUGUUUGCGCAUAACAUAUUUAUCUACAUAGAUAUGCAGGUAAUAAGUAAUAAUAAAUUGGUGCUAAUUCCUGUAGACACUUCUUAAUUUUAUUUUAAGUUACACGUGUCAUUUUCUUAUCCACCGAAAAGGAAAGGGACAGGUAAUCGACAGACAUAAAAUUUAAGGAACACCAGUCAAUUGUACAUAAAUCUAAAACGACCCUCUUAAAAUUUAACAUUUGCUAAUAACCCGACAGAAUUAAGUUGACAGCACGACAAACGGCUUGCAUACCAGCGAGAUACCUAUUUGAUUAGUCCUGGUUAUUAAUUCAUUCACUCAUUCUUUUUUAAUUUAACAUCUGUCAAUUAUCCGUGCCUUUCCUUUUCGGCGGAUAAGAAAAUGACAGGUGUAACUAAAAAUAAAAUUAGGAGGUGUCAUUAUCUACAUAUUUACCUAUACCUACUAAUCCAGUCUUUUAUUUUUUUAAAGUGACUUAUUGUAGAUUUGCCGCAUAUGGCAGUAAGUAAUUGGCCGGAAAUAGACUUUAUCAAAAUUGAUCCUUCGCAAACCAGGUUUAAACCUGAUUGUGGGCGAUAGACAUCAGAAUGCCAACAUAGAUGAAAAUACAAAACAUCCCGUUAUGCUUCCUUAUAGCAGUCAUUUCACUUAAUACCCAAGUGAACUAACCACUCAGUGGGUUAGGUUCAUACAUACAUACAUCAACUCACGCCUAUUUCCCAACGGGGUAAGCGGAGACUAUAGAAUUCCAUUUGCUUCGAUCCUGACACACUUCUCUUGCUUCCUCCUCAUUCAUAAUCGUUUCACGCCGGUUCAGAGUAUAUCGUACUGAACCUUUUCUAACGACAUCUUCGUCCUCCAUCACCUGCGUGCGUCCUUCUAGGUCUACCAACAACCUAUGGUUUAAAUACAUACCUAUUAGGUUAAGUUCAUAUUAGCAAAAUCAAGCUUGUAGUCCUUAUUGCCUUGGGCAGAUCAGACAAUCGGCAUUAAACAACUUGCACACACUUUUUAUUGCCUACUAAGUAUAUUAUGUUAUAAGACACCGCUUAUAGCUAUAAGGUUGCCUGGUAGAAAUUGCUGCUUGAGCAAUAAGGCCGCCUGUUGUCCUUAUUUCUGUAUCUUGUGUUCAUUGUGCUCAAUAAAGUAUUUUAUCUAUCUAUUUAAACGAUAUAUUUGCAUUUUAUUAUCUUGGUUGUAUGUACAGUCAUGAGCAAUAUCAUAUACCCACUUUCGAACCCUGUCGCACUAUCAUAUUUGACAUUUAAUGAGACUUACGGUUUAAUUUGUCAAAAAAGUUAAUGUAACAUGGUUUCAAAGUGUAGUACUAUACAUAUUAGUACUCGUGGCCGUACCAUGGCAACUCAUAGUAUUAAGGAUUAUGAAUUGUGUUGCCAUUUUAAAUAAAAAAAAAAUAACAAUACUUCUGUACGUGUGUCGAGACUACGAGUAGUUCCAAAACAAAGUUUGAAACCGAACGAAAGCAAACAUUUUAUUAGAAGACUCUCUCAAUAGUUUUUUCAAUUAGUUGUGCUGUGUAUUUAGACUAAUAUUGCCUAAAAAUGACAACCUCAUUUUUGAAUCUCGAAAAUCAGUCCGUUAGUUUGUAAAGGAAAAUGAUAAUUUUAUAUAAUAACAAAUUAUUACUCGGUAUAUCCCAAACAUAGACAAGAAAAUCAAUAUACCUUCAGUUCUUUUAUUUUCUUAAUUUUCCUCGGCAAUUAUCGCAUGUCCGAAUACAAAAGAAUGCUAAUUUAAAUUUAGAUUAGAUUUACCGUAUAUUGAAAUCAGAAUUUCGAUUUUAGAACUAAGUAAUUUGUUGUUUUGUUUACGCGGGAUCCAAAUCGUUCUAAAUUCAAAUGUUGAUAUACGAUAAAUCAAAUAAUUGAUGAACGUGGAAAUUACCAUUCGUUUUUAUUCGAAAAUGCGACAUUUGUGGAGGGAAAUUAGGAUAAUAAAAACACUGUACAUACUAACAAAUAACUAUGAAUAAAAUAAAAUAUACAAGAUUUUAUGAUAAGUACGUUCUUUUCAGAUAUGAAUAUGGUAAUGAACUUUUUUACUGAAGGCCUAUUAUGAAAUAUUAAUAAAUAUUUAGGUAUAAAUUCAUGACUUGAAAAUAGAAUUGUACCGAAUUCUUUUUAAUAAAUAAUUUAAUUUUAAAUAAUUUUUAAAUAAACUUUUAUUAUAAUUAUUCCGGCCUACAUUUUAUGCAUUUUUAAUUACGUAUGCAUUUUGAAAAUAUUCCGGCAGUUAUGAUUUCAAAUGCCUUUAAGUCUUAAAGUAAGUAUACAGAAAGUUCUUUAAAUGAACAGUUAUAAAAACAUAAAGUAAUAUAAUACUUAUCUAGGCUUAUGAACGGCCUACGCACAUUUCGCUGAAUGAUAUUGAACUAGAAGAUAUUUCGGUUUCAUGUUACGGUAUAUUAGAAACUUUGUAUUACAACGCAAAUAAUUUAGAAAAUAAAACUGAUAGUGGUACUGGUAAAAUGCCGUUAAAGGAAUAAAGGGUCAUGCAGUCAUCUAAAUAACGUACAUUUCAUAAAAGAAACGAGUGACAAUUUAAAACGAAUCUAUGGAAGUUCGAUUUUUAAAAUCUUCGCAAUAAAAAAACCUUUUGCAAUUCGAUUUAUAAAAAAGAAUAUUCAUACCCUAACAUUGUUUUCUAAACUCGAUUUAUAGGUAUUAACGUAAACAUAUUAAAACAAUUAUUAAUAAUGUAAAAAGGUUAAUUAUUAAAAGACCGUAAAAUAAUUAUAUUGCCGUCUUAAAUAAAAGUAUCAACUCUUUAUACUCUAUCUAUACUUGGGAUAUACCGACUAAAAUAAAAUUGAUAAUUAUUAUAAGCUUUUAAAGUAUCUUAAAGUGCAACAUAAUUACUUAAAAUAAAUGCAAGUUUAUGUGGACAAAACUUAAAAAAGGUUAGUUUUCAUUGUUUUAUUAUCUUUUUAAUCUAAAUUUGUUAUGAUCUAAAUGAUUUAUUAUAAUGAAUUUUAUUGAAUGUUAAUUUUAUUUUUCAAGAUUAGUCUUGAAUUAAUAAUAAUAAUUAAUUAUUAAAAAGUAUUCUGGACUUUAUCUCGAAUAAUAAAUUACCAUUUUUUUAUUUCAAAGCUUUUGCGUCUGCCUCUGGUCAAGAUCGUUUCUUGCAACAAAAUAAAUGGAAUAUUUAAAUAUUACAUUUAAAAUCAACAAGGAAUUUAGAAAAAAAGAUAUUGUUACCUAAUAAGGCCUGAUAGAAGAAUUGAAACAACAAAAUAAAACAAAAACUAAGUAUCGACGCUUUGAAUUUUGUCUACAUUUAUUUCGGGUAGUUAAGUUGCACCUUAAACGAUAUUUCAUUUUGCAAUGACAAAUAGGUGUUAAAGAAACGAAAAUUUGUACGUAAUGGUUAUGUGAAAUGUUUUAGCUCAUGUCCUACGACUUGUGCCUAGUUUUUUAGUUACUUUUUGUAAGGGCUUUAGUAAAAUGAACUGAAAAAAAAUGUUGGCCUCUUUACCUUGCCUUUGUAUAAAAUUGCGAUUGAUUUAAAAUGUAAAUACGGCUAUUGUCGUCAAAUUGACUACGAAUUCAUAUUGACCUAUAGUAUCUAUUUCUAAAAGUCGUAUUAUCUAAAGAUAAAGUAGGAAAUAAGGCCCAAUAUUUGUAAAAAUAGGGCCUAUAUAUAAGUUUAUUAUAUAAGCCCAAACAAAAAGUAACUAAUUAAAUUUGUUAUUUUGCUCAGUGGAGGUUGUAAAAAUAAUAUUCAAUUUCUUUUCUUAGACGUAAUAAUAUUCGAAAGAGUGUUUUUAUUUCAACUUGUCCUUCUUUUCAACACGAAACUAGUACAGAAGUAAAUUCGUAAUAGGUAUCUAACAGGUAAUUUGGCAUUACAGUAGCUAUGUUUGCAACUUUUAUCUCUUUAAGUUCUAAAUCAGUUCUGUCGAUCGCCUAAAUUCAUUCGUAUAAACCGACAAAUAAAAAAAAAAGAUAAAUCGUAAAGUGACACGAGACUGUACCAACCCAUUAGGUACAAAUAAUUAAUCCGUCACGUUUGUAGUAAUUAAGCUAACUGUACCAACAAAAAAAACCGUACCAGAGUAGGUACAAGUUAUAAUUACUUAAUUAACGAACCAUAUUCGCCAAUAGACAUAAAAAAAACGUGUCUGACUUUUUUUCACCUUUAAACAAAAGACACGCAAUAUCGCGCUCUAUAGAGAUAACGACAAAACCUGUUUUUUUUUAAUAGAGUUGCUUCAGCGUCUUUUAUGUCAAUGUAUAAGUCGUCAAACCUGAGUUUAUUGAUCUGGUUUUUUUCGUGUCGUAAAAACCGACUGAGGAAUUACGACUUCUACAAUAUGAUGGGGCUAAGCACAACAUCUAUUAUGUCUAAGCAAUCGGUUGCUUUACCAUCAAUGAUUACUAUUCACUAUAACAUGAAUCAUUGGACCUCAAGGACCUUCUCAUGACUUGUGGGCCUUGUGUCUAACUUGAUAGGAGUUAGAAGGAGUACUUUUGAGUUAUUUUUUAAUGUGCUAUCUCAUGCAUACAUAAGUAAAUAAUGAAUUAAUACGAAGAACUGUAUAGUGACAGGUAGGUAACCGUAGACAAUCAGCCUAUCGAAAAUAAUAUUUGCGAAUCCAAAUCAAAACAACCCUUAUCGUUUUGUUAUAAGAUCUACAAAUUACUGUUUUCUGCCAAAUAAAUAAAUAUUCAUAUUCUAAAUAUUUGAGUAUGCAAAAUGGAUAAGCAACGGCGUAAUUACUGUCGGUAGGUAAAUUAAGAUAUAAACAUAUGAGCGCUACUCGCCAUCAAACUCCAUAAGUUUGGCGGGGAUGAUUUGUAAAUCUACCGUAUAAGUUUUUCAUUUAAAUAAAUUAAAAAAAAAAGCGCCUGGCGCCAUAAAGCCAUUUUGAUUUGAAAUAUUGUAUUUUUUAUAUAUUUCUCAUAUGUACAUACUUAUAUAUCAUUUAUUUCAUAAAAAUAUUCCGUUACGUUAAACAGGAUGUGAUCUUUUUGAGUCGAUUUUAAACUUGUUAGUUUUUAUGUCUAAUGGCUUUCGGUAGUCAUUUAUUUAGUUUUUUUAUAUACAAACAUACAUUCAUAAACUCACGUCCGUAAUCCCUAAUGGGUUGGGCAGAGCCACAAGCAAUCUAAAACAUCUUACUGAUAUGUAGUCCUGGACGGUUAAAACACCAUAUUGAAGCAAUUCACCUAAAAAGCAAUAUUACAAUUUGACAUUUGCGCAUAUAAAAAUAAGUGCGCAAUGCAAAUAAAUGUCAAAUAGCAUUAGGUAUUGCUUUGAUGUGACAUUUUUAACUCCCCUAAGAUGAAUAUGAUGAACCUAAUGAUGACAAGGGGCCAUUUGUCGCACUUAUUUUUAUAUGCGCAAAUGUCAAAUAGCAAUAUUGCUUUUUAGAUAAAUUGUAUCGACGUGGCGUUUUUAAUCCCCAAGGUGAAGUUGAUUUAUUUAGUUUGGUUUUUAUUACUAGGACAGGAGGCAUAUUAAGUAGUCUUCUUCCGAUUUUUGUUUGUUGUAAAUAUUUUUUAACGACAUGGGAAUUUUCUACCAUCAAAAGGUCCCGGGAUCGAUUCCCAGAGAAUAAAAAGCUUUUAUAAAUUUACAAGGCUCUGAGAGUUUCUUUACCAACUCCGUACUUCUCCCUGCUUGCUUCGGGGUGCUCAUCCAUUCCAUUAUAUUACUUCUGUACUAGUAUAUUGUUUUUAAAUAAUUUAGCAAAAAGUUCCUUUUCCAAUAAAAGAAAAUAUUCAUAUUGGUGCUACUAGCGACGGCUAAUUUAGUACAUUUAAUUUCUUUUUUAUUAAUAGAAUUAAAAACUUACAGAUAAUAAAUGUAAUAUAUACGCCAGUGGCGCCACAUCUCCGUAUUAAAUAGCUUGAACGGAUGAAAUUUGCAACGUUUGACAGUUUGAUAUCAUUUUAUACGUAACCUAGGCGCUAAAUAGCAUAAUAGUACUUUUAUUAUUCGUAAUUUUCGUUCUAUUUAUAUAAUUUUGUACUUACUAUAAUUUUAAUUAUUUUUAUUAUAAAUAUAUAGACUGAAUAAUGGAGAAGUAUUUUUUAAUUAUUUUCUUUACGCUUUAAUGCUAUGUACUUAAGUUCUUUUUUAUUAAAUAAUAAUUAGUGAAAAUAUCGUAACAAAUAUGAAAUCUAGCUUCAGCUACCUCUUUAAACUUUUUAAAGUAUUUUUAUAAAAAGUUAACUUAAUAUUAAAAGGCAGAGCAUUUCACAUAACCACUACGACGACGACGCUAUCCUAAAACUAAAACCUCACUUUUCCUAAAAAAAUUGAUUGUUGGAUAUUUACAAAAAUGAUUUUAAUAAUAAAUAUAGGUUGUAGGUUAAUACCGAUGAUUAUAGUGGCAACACUGAUUGUAAGGCUCAUUUGACAUUUUAAAAUAUCCACGUAAUAUUUUAAGAUAGGUAAAGUCUGAGAAAAUUACUUUAUUUUGAAUUAGGUAAAUACUGCAGAAAAUGUAUUAACUUAAAUGAAAUUCCGACCAAAUUAAUUAUGUAAAAAUGUUUAUUUUAAUGAAAAUAUGAAUUAUGUUCUUUUACAUAUUAUUUUAAAUUGGAACAGAAAAUUAUAUAAAACAAGAUGGCAUUAAUGUAGAUAGAUUUUGUGUUAUUGAAUCAUAAUUGAGUUAGUAGGUACGUCUUCGCUGAAUGAACUCAUAAUUAAAUUAGAAUGAUGAUCAAAUUAGAAUGAAAUAUUGUAAAAAGAAGACAAUGUUUAUUAUUUUGUAAUAAAAUAAAUCUAAUAAAAAAUAAUAAUUGAACAAUUUUAAAUCAUAAUCAUUUCAAAUAAGUUUCAAAAUGUUUAACUGUGUUUGUUAAUUCGUGAUUAUUGUACUUAAAUUGAAAUUAUUAACUACUUUAUUCUCACAAUAAUAAUAAUAUUGUGUUUAUCACCUUAAAACAGAUAACUAUUAAAUUAUGUAAAUAAAAUGUGUGUAUGGAAUCACUAUGAUAGAAAAGAGUAGAUAAUUAUUAUUUGUCUCGUAUUGUUUUUCACUAUAAAAAGUCACAAAUCAUUUAAAAAAAUAAUUAUCUUCUGUUCUUUAUUCUAUCAUAGUUUUUUUUAAAUUGUCUAUCAACAGAUAAUGAUUUUUUGUACUAUUCAAAGUCAAUAUUCGUCAUUUAAGUAUUAUUGUAAAAUCUAAAUCAAGUCUAACUUGCAAAAUGUACUUUAUGUUACUGUCAUUGUGUUUUAGGAAAUGUCAAAUUUGACAUUAAUUAUUCAGUGUUGCCACAUUAGUGUACGAUUUAUAUAUUUUUUGCAGCUAAUCAUUAAUUAUUGCUGUAAUAACGAAUGGCGGCCAUAAUAUUGUUUUCAGGUUUGAUUGAAUCACGAUUGUGUAGAUAUGUGGGAAAAUGGCGGAUGCAUUAUUUAAAAAAAAAACUUUUCAGAUUACAUUUGUCAAUUGUCCGAAGUCCCUUUGUUGGCAUACCUAUCUAAAUGUAUUAAUUGGAGUUUGGUCAGUUUUACAAUCUUAAAAGAAAUGUAAUAAGAAUGUAAAAGUGACUAGAUGAAUUUUUCAUCAAAAAUUUAUAUUUUAUUUAAAAACUAUUGUCAGUAAAAGAAUAAUUCUUUUAAAAACAUUCAAUGUUUAUUUUAUUUAAAUUAUUAAAAACUUAAAUCGAACAGCAAUCUUCGGUCGCUUUGAUUGAAUUUCGUGCAUCAUAAGAAUAAUUUCGUUUUCAAUCAGAUGCAAAAAUGGUUUGUUCAAUCAAUAAUGCUUUCGCCAUUCAGCCUAAAAUAAUAAGGGACGAAUAAUUAUUGAAAAAGAAAAAUUGUUAUUGAAAAAAAAUUCGCGUGGAAUGUAAAAUAGAAAAUGGGGAUGAAAAAUGUACCUACUAAGUAAUAAAGUAAGGGAUAAAGUUGUGUAAAUAUGUUGUUUAUAUAAGAGUAGACCCCGUAGGUAUUUAUUUGUACGAUUUUGGGCCUUUGUUGAAAUCCAAAGUUUUUAAUUUAUUUUUCGACCAAUAAAUGUUGGAGAGAACUA